GGCGGCCUGAGGGGCGGCCCAGCCCGGGACGCGGAGGGGGAACGAGGCGCGGACGGGGGACGAGGCGCCCCGAGGCGCCGGGGCCGCUCUCCAGUUCCUCAUUUCGCUCCCGGGGACUCGGCUCCUGCGGAGCUUCGUGCCGAGCGGCGAUGAUGGACCGCGACCGCAACAAGACGCUGCUGCUGGAGCUGCAGAGGGCUGCCGGCACCGGGAACGGCUGCUGCGCUGACUGCGGGGAGCCAGAUCCAGAGUGGGCUUCUUACAAACUUGGAAUAUUCAUUUGUUUGAAUUGCUCUGGAAUCCAUCGCAAUCUUCCUCAGAUCAGCAGGGUCAAAUCCCUUCGGCUUGACUUCUGGGAGAACGACCUUAUAGAGUUUAUGAAGAAGCAUGGGAACCUCUGUGCCAAAGCUAAAUAUGAGGCCAAAGUCCCUCCCUACUAUUAUAUCCCCCAGUCCUGUGACUGCUUGGUUUUAAAAGAGCAAUGGAUUAGAGCUAAAUAUGAGCGUGAGGAAUUUGUUGCCACCCGAGUCUGCCAAGAUCCUUGUUCUGCAGGCAGCCGUGAAGGAUUCCUCUGGAAGCGUGGGCGGGAGGGCAGGCAGUUCCAGAAGAGGCGAUUUCUGCUCUCAGCAAGGGAAGGCUUGAUGAAGUACUACACUAAAGAGUCCAGAGGCCCAAAAGCCAUUAUCAGCAUUGAGACUCUGAAUGCAAUGUUCCAGACAGAGAAAAUCCAUCAUGCUCAUGGGCUGCAGAUCACAUACAACACAGAUGGUCAAACAAGGAACCUUUUUGUCUAUCACGAAAGUGGCAAGGAGAUUGUUGACUGGUUCAAUGCCAUUCGGGCAGCACGUUACCACUAUCUCAGAACAACCUUCCCAACCGUCCCUGAGCUUGAGCUCAUACCCAGGAUCACAAGGAAGUAUGUCAAAGAAGGCUACAUGGAGAAAACAGGACCAAAACAGAAGGAGGCCUUUAAGGUGCGCUGGUUCUGCCUGGAUUCUCAAGAAAGGAACCUGAUGUACUUUAAAAAUCCCCUGGAUGCAUUUGCACAGGGCCAGGUGUUUAUUGGGAAGAGGGAUGAGGGCUAUGAAGUACGAGCUGGCCUGCCGCAGGCGGUGCGGGUGAAGAAGAGGAAACCUGCGAUCACUGUGGUGACUCCGGUGAGAGAGUUUGUGUUCAUCUGUGAGAACGACAGGGAGCAGAGGGAGUGGAUCGAUGCCUUAGCUGGAGUCAUGGCCCAGCCUUUGACUGGCCACAGGCACAGGAAGGGUGGCAACAGAGAAAUGAGUACAAGAGAGUGCAGAUGUUCAGAGGCAUCUGUGCCUCUGCAGAACCUUGCCUGAAGGGCCUUCUCUCUUCCUACCCUUCUCUGCUUUUGAGCAGAGGAGGCCUUCAUACCUGACAGGGAUGAAUCAUCCAAUGAUGUCUUAUGGAAAAGCAGAAGUGGCAAAAGUCUGACCCCAGAAGGGCUGGCAUGCAUUUCCUUGAGGACUUCUGUGGGUGCUGUUACAUCAGCUCCUCCUUUUCUUGCCCUGGACUGAUGUCAGAAGGAUUCCUGUACAUCCUGAAAGACACACCUGACCAUCCAGCCCAUAGCAUAUAUCCUGCCAGUGAAUGGUGGCACAUGAGUGCAUAGUGACUAAGAGACAAAGAUGCCAUCUCCUCUCAGGAAGCUGCAGGGUGUCCUGUUGGACAGAGCUAGGCUACCAAUUCAUGCUGGAGUCACUGGAUGUCCUUCUCAGGGAGAAGCAGAGCUGGACAGCUACAUUCCAGCUGGCUGCAGCUUCUGUGCAGAUAGGGACAUGGUUAUUUUCAGCAGAGUAGGUAUAAUGUCUUUUACAGUGUUACAUUUCUGGCACAGUACCAAAUAAAAGUCAAAUUUGAAUUGUGAGGGACGCCGUAAUGGAAUCACUCUCCUGACAAACACUCCUAGCUCCUUGCUUUCAACAGUCUCUGCUGUUUGACUUCUUUAUGGGUGAUAGAUACAACACGUGAAGACCAGUCUUUCCCAAAGCAACACCACAGUGCCCCAGCAAACACAUCCUGAGCAUGGGAUGGACAUUGUUUGGAUGGCUCAGGUCCUAAAGAGCAGAUGAAGAUUAAAGAGCAGGGUUAGUCUGAGCAGUGAAAGGCAGAAACUAGUUUUAAAAGUGUUAUCUUCAGUGAGCUGCUUGAAGACACUCAAUGAAUAAGGACCAGUGCUGGAAGUGGAGGGCAAGGGCCUCCUGAUCAGGUACUAGUUACAUCCAUUCUGUGCAGGAGCUGAUGAAGAUCCGCACUAGCUGCUGCAGGACACUGUUUUCUUGCCUCAAACUCAAGACAAUAGAUUUGGUUCUACCAAGCAGCCAGUCAUUCUGAUAUUUAAUUCUUCUUUUCAGAUAGUCUUAGUCUGCAAAUCAAGAGGAAAUCCUGCAGACUAAAUUUCUGGUGGGGCUUCCACCUUUUGCUGACGAUUGGCAGGCAGUCUAAUACACCCAGAAUAGUUCUCUUCUGCAGAAUGAGGAAGUGCCAAUACUUGCAGGGAUUAGCGAGAUUAACUCUUGUUUUUCCCCCCCACAAUGGUGUAGAAGAAUUGUUUGAGCUGGAUCAUCAGUCAGCUCACCACCACCUAGCUCUGAGCAAGCUGCAGUUUUUCUUGCUUCCCUGUAUUCCUGUCCAACCUGAUUAAUUCUAGCUCACCUGCUGCUUCAGUAAACCUUUUCAGCAGCCUCGUCCUGCAGCCCUUGAAAUCAAAAGCAAAACACCUUCUGACUUGACGAGGAACAG